UCCAGCUGUUGCUCUCUCUUUUUAAUCACGGCUUCAGCUCGGUGUGCAAACCGCGCAGUCUAUCUCUAAGUCUAUGGCAAUGACCCGGUAGCAGCGCUGUCUGGUGCUCAUUUUGUGAACUGGGUUAGUGACGUUUACUCGGUUGGCCACAGUGGCACAGGGUGGUACGCACGUAUAUACCUAGGGAAGUAACUAGACGGAGGUUAAUCGAAAUCCACGACAUUCGGCACGUCUUCUGCACGCCAUGUUCCUGCUCUUUAUAUCGACUAGUGACAGAAUGUGUGGUGCAACGAUCGAAUAUUGUGUACCGAUGGGAAGUUGGAUGUACGGUUUGAGCCAUUAGUACUUUAUAAAUAAGAUAAAUGAUAUAUUGUGAUAUAUGUCAAGUGGUAUAAUGUGACACGACGAGCGAAAUGCUGGCAAGUCGCGGCCAUUUUACACUACAAUGCGGCAACGGUGUGUGUAUAUUCAAUCCGCCAUUCCAAACAAUCAGUGUUUCCUCAGGUGCAUCUGGAACGACGGUCUAUAGCAAUCCUACGGUUUGACAUAAUAAUGAAGUAAAUUAUAGGAGGUUUUUACAAGUCCGAGUGGUGCGGUGUUGCGGACACAAACGGGUGCGGAUCAAUGCGCGCGAGUGCAUAACACCAAGGGAAGAUUAGUUGUUCCCCCCCGAUCAUCUUCUGUCUCCUUUCCCACCCCACCACCCAUUACUCCCUCGGCCCUAACCCCCGACCCCUGCCGCUGCCUUCUCUUUCCUCUCUUUCUCGCCCUCCCUCCCUCCCUCCCGCCCUCCCUCCCUACCUCUCGAUGUAUUUUCUUGGUGGUCGGACCGCGAGAAUGCGAAUGAACGUGUGAUAUGUGUGUGCGAGGAAGAGACGACGACGACGACGUGCGUGCGUGUGCGACGACGACGACGAUUGCGAAUAAACGAAGCAGAAGUAAAUGAUGGAGAUCGAAGUUAAGCAAAGAAAUCAACGAAAUCGGCGCAGGGAGCGAGCGCAACGGAUGCUGGCCCAAAGGGAGAGUAUCGCGAACGCCAAGCAACAGCAGCAGCAACAGCAGCAGGGUUUAGCAGGAUUGGGACUCGGGGGUGAUCCGAGCGAUCCUCGUACCACGGGAGACGACAGUCACAGCGGCGAGGACGAACCUGGACCGCCUCACGGACUGGCUCGAGGACGGGGCAGAGUGCGGGCUCGUGAAAAACAUCCCCGACCACCUCGCCCGCGGAAAAAGUCAUCCCUCAAUCACAAGGAGCCCCCCUUCGAGGAGGACAUCGUCGACGGUUUUGCCAUCCUUGCAUUUCGCACCUACGAGGAACUCGAGAGUGCAAUUAAGCUUGCUGGGAAAAAUAAUGUAAAGAAACUGCACACGCUGUUAUCGAUAGCUGAUGAAAAACCCAAGGUAGACACCGGCCAGCACAACCGACACAGUGGUGAACACCACAUCAAAAAUCAUUUUAAACACAACCAUUAUACCCAUAAUUCCAUUCUGACACCAUCUACACUUACCCAGGGCCUCGAUGCAGGUACAAGCGACGAUAGCGGUAGAGCCUCUGAGCAGUUGCACGGACCUAGCAUACCGAGGGAUUGCCAAGACCCUGACAGUUCAAGGGACCAUCUUAGCGACGCUAGCAGUCAUUGCAGUUCGGGUAAAGGCUAUAUCUGUGAUAGUGAAGGAGAAGACGAUAAGGGAUCAGAUGCUGAGUCAAUACUCUUUGAAUCUUCUACCCCAUCUCCUCUUGCACGUAAAUUUGAGUUGCCAUCUUCUUCACCUCAUGUACUGCCUCCGACAAAUGGGGCAGGAGGAACACCUCCAGAUACGGGUGGACAAAUUUCAAAUCCAGCAACAGACGCACCAGCCCCAAUACCACCCCCAGUGCCUGCCACUGCACCAGCACCUACGGUGCCCAGUCCUCCUAGCCCUACGCUACCUCCUCACAUAUCCCAGCCGCCCAUGACCAGUCCGCUAGCAGCGAAUCCACGUGCAAUAGCUCCGCAGCAGCGGCCUGCAUCUCCAGCCCUUCCGCCUCCAUCUUUGCCUCAACAACCACAUACCGCUAUACCAGUGUUACAUCCACCGAACGUACCAAUUGUGUCCUCCAGUCACACUACCAGUCCUGCAGUGGCUAGUCUAGGAGUCACUCCAGCGGCCCCAUCAAACGGGGCAGCAACUACGAGCUAUCCACCUCCGUUACCUAUGGCAGCUUAUCCCCAAACACAGCCAUCGUAUCCUCCGCUUUACACACCGUAUACCGCUCUGAAUCACAGUCCGUAUCUUCCCCCUAGUGUGCCGUCGCCCUCUCAUUCAGCUUCUUCGAGAGCAGAUGUGAGAGGAAGCAGGGCCUCGCCUUGCACAAAUAUAAACAAACAAGUUUCUGGAAACAACAUGAUGAACCACAGUAAUACUCCGCUCAGUGCCGCGACAACGACAUGUGUAUCUACUAUAACUAAUACAGUCACGACAGCCAAUACAAUUGCACACAGAGAUAUUAUGGCAUGCAGCUUAGCUGGACGAAAUAAUAAUUCACCUCGCGGCCACAGUCCUAAUCGUGAACGAGACAGUUAUAGCAGCAACGUGAGUAGCCUAAGUCGAGGCAGUAUAACACCUGUCAGUGUGCCAAACACAUCCUCCCCAGCCAGUUCUAGUCUACCUGCUUAUUCCAAGGCUCAAGGAUGGAUCAGCAGUGGUACAACAUCCCAGUUAUCGCCAGCCACGGCAACUUCGGUGCCCAGACCUACACCUCCUCCUGUAUCGUUAGGAAUGCAUUCUUUUCCACCACCUAUGUUCGCUGCUCCGCUACCGCCGCCAGUUUCUACCUCGAGUCCACAUACAUCGAUGCCAUCGCUUCCACCAUCCACGUCAAAUCCAAAUCCAUUUUCUGCAGAAUCGCUUUUUCAAUCUAGGGUGAGUCAUGUUGCAGGUCAGACGGACAUGUUACGGAGAGAAUUGGACAGCAGGUUUCUUGCCUCUCAAGAACGCGGCGUAGGUGUUGGAAAUCUUGGUCCUCCGCCGUACCUUCGUACUGAAAUGCAUCAUCAUCAACACCAGCACACUCAUGUACACCAACAUACCACACCGAUGCUUCCACCUCCAACAGCGACGUCACUUUUUCCUCCCCCAAUUUUUAAGGACAUUCCAAAAAUCGGAGGUGUUGACUCUCCCUUUUUUCGUGGCAACCUCAACAUGUCCAGUUACUCUGGUUUUAAUGCUGGACUCAUGCAUCCUGGAAUGGGUCCACCUUCAACGCCGUUUGUUCCUCCGAAUCAUAUGACUUCGUUCGCACCAAAGAAUUUAAAAUUUCAGAAGACGGGAAAAUGGAAUGCAAUGCACGUACGCAUUGCUUGGGAAAUUUACCACCAUCAGCAGAAGCAGCAAGCUGAUGCAAAGGCUGGUGGUGUCGUCAGCGGGAAGACGGAGCUCCUGAGGCCACCCGGGCAUUUAUAUCCAGGUGGACCAGGAACUGGUCUAGGAAUGGGUAGUCCAAUGGCACCCCCGUUCUCAGCAAAUCUACCACCGACACAUGCACCACAUCCACCGCCCCAUCCAGUUACAUUUCUUUCAAAUCCUGGCUCUCACAUGGGAGCGGGGAUGUCGCCUUUCGGAAGGUAUCCGACAACGUUCGGUGCACCUAAUCCAAACUUCCCUGGACUGUCAGGAUUUCCACCUCCCCCGCGAGAGAUGUCGUCGCUGGGAGGUUUGGGAUCCGUUCACGACCCGUGGCGAGGGUUACAACGCACGAAUCCUGGAUAUCCUCCAACGACAGUGUCGUGGAAUUUGAAGCCAGAACCUCCUGUGAUAGACAGACGAGCUGAGAUAGAAGAAAGAGAACGUGAAAGGGAACGUGAACGGGAGCGGGAACGCGAACGUGAAAGAGUACGACGAGAGCGGGAGAGGGAGGAGCAACGCGAGCGGGAGAGGCGAGAGCGUGAGAAGGAGGAAAAGCGAAAACAGGAAGCGGCUGAGCGUGAGAGGGAGCGUGAAAGGAGAGACAAAGAGCGGAGAGAAAUGGAAAGAAGAGAAAUGGAGCGAGAACGAUUGCUUCAUCACAGUCGCAUGCCGGUAAACAGCGGCAGAGAUCGUUCACCUCUGCGAAAUGGCUCGACUCCGAUCGACGCGAGCGAAGUGAGGGUGAAGGAAGAACCACGCAGCAAAGACGACGACGUCGUUAUGCUUUCCAGGCCACCUCCCCAAGGACCCGGCCAUCUUUCCGACGCGAGGUAUCAUCCGCAUCCUCAUUCACAUUCGCAUCCGCACUCGUACCUUGCCAGGCAUUCUCACAGCAUGCCUCAUUCUUUGUCCCGAACUAUGAUGCCGACGCUAACUUCUCAUCCGAUGCAACAUUUUCCACCACCUCCGAGUGCAACGCAGGGUGCACCGUGGCCCGGUGAUCCGUUUAGAGAUCCGUAUCGGUAUGAUCCUUUGCAGCAGCUUCGUUACAAUCCACUGAUGGCCGCUGCUGCGCUUAGAGCUGAAGAAGAAGAGAGGGCGAAACUUUAUGCAGGUUACGCUCCCCCAGUGAAUCCUAUGCGAAGCAAAGGUCCGAGUCCAGGUCCACUGAGUAAUCUUCACAUGCAUCACAGAGCUGGUCCUGGACCAGGAGUAUCUGUCCGACCUUUAGAGCCGUCACUUAUGCAUAAUGAUAUUCAUAAAAAAGAAGAUGCUUCACAGUCUCGAUGAUAUCAUACAUUUACAGCUUUGAGUAAGAAGGGAGAGAAAGGAAGGAGAAAAAAAGAACAGUGCAAACUAGAGGAACGUGAACUGCAUUGAUGUCAGAGCAUUAUUGAUAUUUUAUAUAUUAAAAAAAGCGUUAUUUAAAAUUGUACAUAAAUUAUUAUAUGAUAUUUAUAGAUAUAAAUAGAACGAUUAAUUGAUGAAACCUUGUCUAAAAAAUCGGAGGCGUGAAGGCAAGGUAUUCGUGAAAUUGUGUCAUACACACCUAAACUAUGGUGUCCGCAGUUUCGGGGAUCUGACUGUCUAUAGUGAUAACUGAUAACUUUAUUAUUACAACAUUAUGCGUACAGUUAAAUACAAUGUGUAAUAUUAUAUAGUAGGAUGCGAGAUGAUGCUACGUAAAUCGAAGCUAGGAAUUUAAACAGAUAUAGCAUUACUCAAAAAUUAUUUAAUUAUUUAUUUAUUAUUGCGACGUAAAACGAAUUUGAAUCUCUGUUACUCCAUGGAUAUAAUGUCGAAAAUUCGUCUCUUCAUUUAAUAGGUGUAUUAUGACGCUACGUGUAUAAAUUUAAAUCUAUCUUUAUUUUUUAUUUUUUCCUUUCAAUAUAACUUCAACUUUUAACCAAUAGAUUUUAAUUUCUAAAUGAUAUAAAUAAUAAGUAGUAUCAUUCAUACCUUCUGUAACGAUAAUAUCGGCUCUGAGUUUUUGUUUUAACAAUAGAGAUGAUAAAUGAAGUCUUGAUGGUUUGAUAAGCAUUGUCAGUACUUUCCUGUGAUAUAAUAAUGGUAUAUGGAUCACCGCUGGUGUUGCAAAUGUGAGUUGCGCAUGGACAUAUUUCGGACAUAAUCCAUGGCUGCAAUAACAAAAUAGUAAAUACUAUGUCUUCAAAAUUAGGUUAUUCAUAUUUGAAAUAAAAGACCUCCAAAGAAGGCAAAAAGGGGCGGGGGGGAGGGGGGAACAAAAAAUGGAGUGAAAUCCUCAUGUCUUAUAAAUAGGAAGUAACAACGGAAUUGAGACACUUUAUUCUAUAAAUUAUACAGAACCACGGUUUAGCUGUUUCAUUUGCAUUAUUUUACAUCAAAUGUACAAUUCAAUGAAACUGUGUAUGGUAGAUUCUGAUUAAUUUUGGACUUGGCAAUGGACAUGGUAAUGUACACCUCACUAGUUUUAUCUUUUUGUUUCACAUUGUAGUCUGUCUAUCACAAUAUAUUAUAUAUGCAUGUAAUAAUUUUUAUAGACUCGUCUUUUUGAAGCUUUGUGAAAACUGUAUAAAUUUGACGAUAACUUAGAAAAAAUGUAUUUCUCAAAUCAAAGCACGUAUGUGAAGGAGCAGAUUCAGGAUAAUAGGGGGGGUACAUUACAAAAUGUUGAUAAUCCAUAUGUAUGUACUAUAUAAAACGUAAAAAUUCGUUCCAGUCACCGUUAUAAUACGUUAAAACUACUGCGAUAGAACAUUGUUGUUAUGUUGCAGUACCAGAGAUUCAAUAGGAAAUCCGUUAAAACGAUUCUCCGUGCCAUGGGCUACGUUAAUUCUGUUCGGGACCCUUUCCAUUAUGGUUAUUGUUUUCAAAUGAAUUGUAAGGCUCCCACGAUUUAUUGACAUUGUAAAGCCAUUAUAAAAUUGUAUAUUAUAUAAUUGAUAAUUACAUACUAUUUAAAGAUUGUAGAUAUUUUUCAUCAGUGCAAAUUGCAAGGCGAUGCAAUGAUUCUGUUUUGUAGAUAUCGCGAGCAUAGAACAUUUUGUGUGAAUAGAUUUUUUCUAAAAUUGAUUCUUUGUAAAAGGGUCUAAUAAUCAUAGUUUCUAUCAAAGUAA